AUGGCUCAACAACAUCCUUCAACCCCUAGCACCCUCAGUGAAUCCCCAAUUGUUCCAUGCAAUGAGGAACCAAUGGAACUUACCUCCUCACUUCAAUCCGAUCUACCCACAAAAUGCUCUCCUGGAUAUGCCCUUCUUCAUGCCAGAGAAUCUAUCUCGGCUGAAUCCCAUAUUCCUACCAUGGGAACAACCUCAGCCAGCCCAGGAGCCACAAAUACCACCACCUCAUCAACAACCUCCCUCUCCACCCCACAAUCACGUGCUUGUACCAGAACUAGUAGAGGCGGAAAUGGAGGAGGAGGAGGAGGAGGAACCCCUCAAUCUACUCUUAGAAAGAGUCCUAGAAAUCUCAAGUCUGGACGGAGUAAAAGUGUUUCUCUUUACGGAGAGGCAAGAGAAGAGGCAUGUGCUCAGUUGUCCACUAGAAUUAUACAAAUGCUCGAUGGACAUAAGACCACCUCAGGAUCCAACAGUGGGCAACAGAGCCAUGAUCCUAGUUCCAUCAAUGUGGAGGAACCCAGUCCUAGGGGCAGUGAGGGAAAAUGGGGAUCCGGCCAACGCAAAUCUUAA